GAAUGGUUUAAGAACUAACAAAGUCCACAGUUGCUCAUUGGAUAUUUUUAUUUUAUAAGCGUUCGAUAUGUGUAUAUACCCUAUUUCCGGAUUAUACAACAAGCGGAUAUAUAUGGAUAAAUAUGGAAUCUUAUUAAUAAAAGCUUAGAGAACAACAGUGUCAACUGACGAACAUUAUGGCUACAGCCUAUAGGCAAACACACGACCAUCCAAAGGAAUAUUUCGUAGAAACGGAUACGGAUACGGAAGACUCCGAUUUCGACGAUUUCGUUUGUUCAGACUCCGGAAAAAGUUUGGAUGCAACGAUUUUUGCUGAUUUGGAACAAUUGUUCCAAUCUCAGGGGUCUGAAAAAAAUGAUCAGCCAGGAAAACUCCUCUGCGAAGUUCAAACUGAAGAAAAUAUAGCGGAAAUUUUCGCGGAAAUACGAAAGGAAUAUAAACCAACAGAGGCUGAAUGGAGAGUUUCCAAUAUUGACGAAAGGAAAGAUCAUGAAGCAGCCAGCCUCUUAGAUGACGCCUUUGAAUCCCUAAGCUCGGAGGUGGAAAAAAGCGGAAGUAUUGAGGGCUGUUCCUCUUGUGCUGAAUCAGUUAAUGUGUUGGAUGUUUCGCAGUUUAAAAAGGGACAACACAUUUCAAUGCCAGUAUCAUGUGAAUCAAGGACCGAUUGA